CUUACCUCAUUCUGCAGGCCAAGUGAGAUGGACUAUGGAUGCAGAGUCUGGUUGUUUUACCACUUCAGCGGCUCAGUCGAAAAUUGACAGAAGAUCUGAUUUGAACUUUUUAUAACUCUAGAGAGUACUGAGUCAAAAUCAUGGACCUUUACACGCAAAAUGAGACAUCCACUGCCAUCCCGAAGUGCGUCGGAGCGCAGGCUGACGUGCUCCACAACGGAACCGGUAACGAGAGCUUGGAGGCAUCAAACAUCACCUGCGGCAACGCCUUCACACUCCUCAUACCUCGGCGUGUGAGGCAGAGAGAUGAGGACCACACGCUGCGAAUCCUGCUCUACUCGCUCAUCUUCUUCCUGAGCGUGUUCGGAAACCUGCUGAUCAUUGUGGUGCUGACCGUCAAUAAGCGCAUGCGCACUGUGACCAACACCUUCCUGCUGUCACUCGCCGUCAGUGACCUGAUGAUGGCAGUCUUCUGCAUGCCCUUCACCCUCAUCCCCAGCAUCCUCAAGGAUUUCAUCUUUGGAGCUGCCAUGUGCAAGAUAGUGUCCUACCUCAUGGGCAUAUCGGUGAGCAUCUCCACAUUCAGCCUGGUUGCCAUAGCAAUUGAGCGCUACAGCGCCAUCUGUAACCCCCUGAAAUCACGGGUGUGGCAGACCCGUUCCCAUGCCUAUCGGGUGAUUGCUGCCACAUGGGUGCUGGCCUUCAUCAUCAUGGUCCCCUAUCCAAUCAUCAGUCACCUGGAGUCCUUUCAGCGCCCUGACAACACCACAGCGCACCAGUGUCGCCACAAGUGGCCCCUUGCAAAGGCAGAGCAGACCUGGUACAUUCUGCUCCUGCUUGUGCUGUUCGCGAUCCCAGGGGUGGUGAUGAUUGUGGCUUACGGACUAAUCUCCAGGGAACUUUAUAGAGGCAUCCGGUUUGAAAUGGGCCACAAAAAAGACUCAACUGAUGUGAAGAAUGGCCUGACUACCACUGUGUCUAGUGGCAGUGAUGAUGGAGAUGGCUGCUACGUUAAUUUCGUCCAGCGGCCGCACUCAAUGGAGAUGUCCACCAUGGCUGCAUCAGGCAGGUCAAUGAAGGCAGAGCGGCCACGUAGCAACACAUCUGAGGCCAAACUGGAGGCCAAGAAGCGAGUCAUCCGCAUGCUGGUGGUCAUUGUUUUCCUGUUCUUUGUUUGCUGGAUGCCACUUUACUGUGCCAACACCUGGCGGGCUUUUGACGACAUCUCUGCCAAACACGCCCUCUCAGGCACCCCCAUCGCUUUCAUCCAUUUGUUGUCCUACACCUCUGCCUGCGUCAACCCAGUCAUUUACUGCUUCAUGAACACACGUUUCCGCAAAGCUCUGCUUACCACGUUCUUGUGCUGCACCGCACCUUGCCACCGCCGUCGUCGUGGGGGGCUGCGGGACAACGAGGAGGAUGUUAUGGCAACAGGAGCAUCCAUGUCCAAGUUCAGUUACACUACAGUCAGCACCAUGGGAACCUGCUGAGGCAGAUGGAUGCAGGCACAGUCGAAGAGAGACAGUUACUACAGCAACACAGCACCGAAUAUUCUUCGUCUUUAGGACAACUCUGUGCUUAUAGGGACUAUAAAGUGGAGUGGAAAAACAUGCCAUGUAUAAUGUAGCAGUAUAGAAGCUUCGCAAAUGACUGUGAGUAAAAUUAUGUAGGGAUUAUUUAAUGUCACCCAGUCUUACAGUGUAAAUAGCUCCAUAGCUAUACUGAAAAAGCACAAAAAACAGCGUAGAACAGUUUUCUCUUGUCACAGUGGACCAAGGCAAAUUGUUUGCUUAGAUGUUUAUGGCAGGGUGUGUGUGUGUGUGGUGCUAGUGUGGCGAGCUGUAUGACAUGUGAAGGAGACAGUCUUGAUAACUUAGUAGUCAUGUAGCUAUGAAAAUAGUGUUUUAUAUUUUGCUGUCAGUUGUUAAUGUUUAUCUGUGUUAAUGAUGGUAAUUCAACUGCCUUGUGGUCUAAGUGCCUACUAUUAAAUACUAUGUUAGAUUUGUCUCCUGUUGAUUUGCCUCAUAUAUUAAGGGGCACUAUAAUCACAGGCAAAUUGUAAUCUGAGGAGGUUGGAAGUGGAGUUCAAAGACUUGAAAGAUCUUCGAGACAAACUGAAAAUGCACCUCAGAAGUUGUGAGUUUCCUCCAGAUAAGAACUAAUUAUUAUAAUAGGUUGUGUGUUCUACGUGGCUACAUGAUUCACAGAAGCAGAAAAAAAAAAAAAACUUCAGUGAAAUAAGAUGUUUACAGUUCAUCUGCAGUGCUGAUGCCUUGUGUUGUGGUUGUAAACUGUAAUGCUAGCCACCUUUGUGUUUUUAGAGAUGGAUUUUUCUAUGUAUGCUGCAGUGUUUGUUUGUAUUGUGUCCUUGCAGCUGAACAUAGUAGCAAAUGUGACAAGGGUGACUUGACACUUUGAACUUAAUAUGUUUCUCUCUCCUAUCAGGAUCUCUUGUUUGAAGUCAGUAAAUUAGCACGAUUGACUGAUUAGUACCCAGCAUUUUGAGGAGAACAUCUAGAAACAAACUUGAACUAUUUCAACAGACUAUUUAAUGCCCCCCUAAAUUAUUAUAUUCCUGUUAACUUAUUAGAAAAACUCCACAACCCUGAGUAAAACAGGAGUAGAUUUAAUUUUCACAGAGAAAAAUAAUGAGUUUUUAAAGGAUGUAUUCCAAUACAUACUGAAUAUAUCAG